CUAAAAUUGAAAACUAAAGAAGAGAGAGAGGACGUGGGAGUUGGGAAUCCUCAAAGCAUAGAAGAAUCGGCAGAAGUCCCUAAUUGAAAUCGAAAGCCCAAUUUGCUCCUCCACUCAUAAUAAAGUUUCCGACUUUUCGUUUUUCGCUCUCUCCAUCGCCGCCACCGCCAUCAUCUCGCCGAAACCCUAAUUUCUCUGCCUCUCCGUCUCUGCGGCGGAACCCACCGCAAUGUCUUUCUCCCACUCCGACCACAGCCACGAUCCCGACCGCCGAUCUCAGCAACAACAACCGCAGCCCCGUCUCUACAACCCGUACCAGGACCUCAACACCCCGAUCAAAACCCUCUACAACCUCCCCACCUCGCCGGAGUUCCUCUUCGCCGAGGAAUCCGUCAAGCAGCGCCGCUCCUGGGGCGAGAAUCUCACCUUCUACACCGGCACCGCCUACCUGGGCGCCUCCGUCGGAGGCGGUGCCGCGGGGCUCUACUCCGCGGUCAAGGAGUUCGAGCCCAACGACACGCUCAAGCUCAAGGUGAAUCGCGUCCUCAACAGCUCCGGCCACUCGGGCCGAGUCUGGGGAAACCGGAUCGGGAUCGUUGGGUUGAUCUACGCGAUGGCGGAGAGUGGGAUUGUUGCAGCUACCGAUCGGGAUGAUGUUUGGACCAGCGUUGCGGCCGGGCUUGGGACUGGCGCUGUUUGCAGGGCGGCUAGAGGGGUGAGGUCUGCGGCUGUCGCCGGUGCUUUGGGAGGUCUGGCUGCCGGAGCGGUGGUGGCUGGGAAGCAGGUCAUGAAGAGGUAUGCCAUGAUUUGAUUGGAACAGGGGAGAAAGAGGAGAAAGGUUGGAGCUUUGAGGUUAGGGCGUGAGUUGUUUUUAGUCUUCUCCUUUAGCCUUUUUGUUGUUUGGUAAUAAGCAUAUAAUAUGAUGUGUUCUGCUCCAGUUUUGAUCUUGAUAAUAGAAAUUUGAUGGAAGGGAAAUUAGUAAAGAAGAUGAAGAGGCAAGGGGUGACUGAAUCAAUGGAAAGAAUUGUUAGUUGGAAAGUUUGGAGAAAAAUUUAAUGUUAUCUUGGCAUGGAAGAAUCAUGCUGUGAUGAACAACAAAAAUUUGAGGAAAUGUAUAAUGCUGGUGUUCUCACUUCUCUGGUGAUGUAAUUUGCCGACCUUGUUUGAAUUUAUGGAAUAACAUUCUGCUGCUGCUGCUGCUUUGGUAUAAAGUUACAGAUUUUAU